AUGUUCACGCUACUUCCGUCACUCUAUUUUGCAGCGACAAAUUAUAUUCGAAGUUGGAACCCAAAUAAUUAUCAAGAAAACUAUGAUGAUAAUCAAUCAGAGAAUGACUUAAUUAAACAAAAACUCAGUCAUUAUGAUAUAAAACCGGUGCAACAAGAGAAACUUUUACAAUAUGAUACAAAUUUCUCACCAAAAAAUAUUGUGAGCGUCGAAAAUAAAGAUGAUCAGCUAAACAGUGAUAGUAUCGAUAAACAACAACAACAACAACAAACAAGUACCAAUAUAAAACUUCAAAACAAUACACAAUCAGCAUCUAUAUUGCUUGAGCGACGUAAAACUUUUACAGGAGAAUUAAUUGAUGAUGAUUUAGUUUAUUUAAUGAAUGAAACGGGAUUUACAGCAGAACAAAUUUUGGCUUGGCACAGUGAUUUUCUGCAAAUUAAGGAUAAUAAUAGAGAUUGUCCUGAUGGUAAAUUAUCAAAAGAAAAAUUUAUUGAAAUUUAUAGUCAAUUUUAUACGAAAGGACGUGUACAUAAAUUUUGUGAACAUGCCUUUCGAGUAUUUGAUAAAGAUAGCAGUGGAAAUAUUGAUUUUAUUGAAUUUUUGAUUGCUGUUAGUAUGACAUCGUCGAAAGAUCGUCAACGUAAAACAGAAUUAUUUUUUAGUAUGUAUGAUAUUGAUAAUAAUGGUUUCAUUGAUGAAACAGAAAUGAAAUCGGUUGUGGAAUCAAUUUAUGAAUUAAUGGGUAUUGAUCAUAAUUCAAAUCGUAUCAAUUCAAAAGUACGAGAAAUAUUUUCAAAAGCCGAUCUUGAUCAAAAACAUUAUUUAACAAGAGAUGAAUUUGUAAAAGCAUGUGAAAAUGAUCGUUAUAUUCGUAAACUAUUGGUACCACAUACCAAAGCACAUUAA